UGUAUAAAAGGGUUGAUAGGAAUGCUCCAAGAAGCCCCGAGAAGAAGAGAAAGGAGUGAAAAUGGAAGGUCUGUACCGAGUUUUAUCGGCUUUGGUUGUUGUAGGUUUGCUCACAAAUGAAGCCUUGGCAACACAACAUGUGGUUGGAGGAAGCCAGGGUUGGGAUGAAUCAUCAGAUUAUAGCAAAUGGGCAUCUGGUCAAACAUUCGAGGUUGGCGAUCAACUUGUUUUCAAGUAUACUCCUGGCCUGCACAGCGUGGUCGAACUCCCAAACGAAAGCGCAUACAAAAACUGUGAUGUAGGCAGCGCAUUAAACUCCAUGAACAGCGGUAACAAUGUGGUGAAGUUGUCCAAGGCCGGCACACGCUACUUCGCCUGUGGAACCAUAGGCCACUGUGACCAGGGCAUGAAGCUAAAGGUUUCAACCGUCUCCGCUGAUGCAUCCUCUUCCCCAGGAUCAACUCCCCCUUCUUCUUCUUCCUCUUCUUCGCCUACAUCGACUUCUGCAGCUUCUGCUUCCUUCCCCUUUGCUUCCAUGCUUCCCAUGGCUUCACUUCUAGCCAUCUCUAUGCUUUCCAUGUUCUAAUGGAGCUAGCUAUGCUAUGAUUUUGUUUUGGUAUUUAAUUAAAAGUUAAUUAUCUUGGGCGUGUAAUUAAAAAGUCUGCUAUAUAUGACUCGAGAUACAGAUUACAAUUCUUGGGAUAAUGUAUUCAUUAAUGUUGAUGAUGAAUGAGGGAGGAGAGUAACAAUAAAAUAAUGCCUUACCAUCUUCAGCCUUUUCAUCUU